AUUCUUUCGGUUUCGUAAGUCGUUAGAAUGAUGUUUGACUUUGAAUGUCAAAUGUGUUAACUACAAAAUAGUAAAUACGAAAAAACUUUACAGGGUCAAAUCCUCUAAAUGCAGCAGUUUCCGGUGACUUACAUUUCAGUAACGUGUCUGAUGAUAAUAAUAACAGUGUUUAAUAAAACCAAUAAUGGUGUUCACACAAGUGGUAUCCAUCAAAGACAAAGCACCUGGAACCAAAGUAUACAACUAUGCUGAUUCAUUCUGGUGUACAUAUAUUGUGUCUGUGGUAGCUGCUAGUGUUGCAGAAAUAUUGACAUACCCAUUGGAUUUGACCAAGACCCGUYUACAAAUACAAGGUGAAGUAGCUACUAGCAGUAAACCUACACAGUAUAGAGGCAUGUUAAAAACGGCUAUCGGUAUUGUCAAUGAAGAAGGUGCCCUAAAAUUAUGGCAAGGGGUAACACCUGCACUUUAUAGACAUGUAGUGUAUUCUGGUAUUAGGAUUGUGUCGUACGAAACCAUGCGUGAUAAAUUAUUAUUAAAAAAUGAAGAUGGGUCAUUUCCGAUAUGGAAAUCGGCCAUAAGCGGAGUCAUGUCUGGUGUUAUUGCUCAGUUUGUUGCUAGUCCAGCUGAUUUAAUCAAAGUUCAAAUACAGAUGGAAGGCAAACGGYGUCUGAUGGGAGAGCCUGCUAGAGUGUUAGGUGCAGCACAUGCAUUCAAAAAAAUAGUAUCCGAAAGUGGUGUUCGUGGUUUGUGGAAAGGCUCUAUACCCAAUGUACAACGUGCUGCUCUUGUGAAUCUUGGUGAUUUGACUACUUAUGAUACAGCUAAGCAAGUAAUUAUGCUUAAAACUGGAUUACCUGAUUCACAUCUUCUACAUUGCCUUUCUAGUGUAUGUGCUGGAUUAGUAGCAGCUACAUUAGGAACUCCAGCAGAUGUUGUAAAAACACGUGUUAUGAAUCAACCAACUGACAAAAAUGGAAUUGGUUUGAUAUAUAAAGGAUCUUUGGACUGCCUGUUUAAGACUAUUGAAAAUGAAGGGUUUUUUGCUCUUUAUAAAGGAUUUUUACCUGUUUGGAUUAGGAUGGCACCUUGGUCAUUGACUUUUUGGAUGAGUUUUGAACAAAUACGUCAUAUGCUUGGUGCUACUGGGUUUUAGAAAUUACAGAAAAUAAUCAUUAGAUCUCAUUUUUAUUAUGUUUUUCUUCUUUUAAGUUGGUUCUAAAAUAUAUCCAGAUGUUUAUUUUCA